UCACUCCCACAGAGCCGCGCCCAUGGCCGGUCUGUCGGCUCUUCACGGGGUCUCGACGCUGAAUUUCCAGGAGAAGGAGUUGGCCGAGCGGCUGCGGCGCCUGUACCCGGCCGUCACCGAGCAGGAGAGCCCGCUGCCGCGCUCCUGGAGCCCGAAGGACAAGUACAGCUACAUCGGCCUUUCACAGAACAACCUGCGGGUCCACUACAAAGGACACGGUAAAACACCUAAAGAUGCAGCCUCAGUCCGCGCCACUUAUCCUAUACCUGCUGCUUGUGGCAUUUACUACUUUGAGGUGAAGAUUGUGAGUAAAGGAAGAGAUGGGUACAUGGGCAUUGGGCUGUCUGCUCAAGGUGUCAACAUGAACAGACUGCCAGGUUGGGAUAAGCAUUCGUAUGGCUACCAUGGGGAUGAUGGCCAUUCAUUCUGUUCCUCUGGCACUGGACAGCCCUACGGCCCAACAUUUACAACUGGGGAUGUCAUUGGCUGCUGUGUGAAUAUGAACAAUAAUACCUGCUUCUAUACCAAGAAUGGCCACAGUUUAGGCAUCGCUUUCACAGAUCUACCGCCAAAUUUAUAUCCUACUGUUGGAUUGCAAACUCCAGGAGAAGUGGUGGAUGCCAAUUUUGGACAGCAUCCAUUUGUAUUUGAUAUAGAGGACUAUAUGCGAGAAUGGAGGUCUAAGAUUCAGACCCAGAUUGAAAGAUUCCCUGUAGGAGAUCGAGAAGGCGAAUGGCAGACAAUGAUUCAAAAAAUGGUUUCGUCUUACUUAGUGCAUCAUGGUUAUUGUGCAACAGCAGAAGCCUUUGCUAGAUCCACCGGACAGGCAUUCCAGGAGGAACUGGCAUCCAUUAAAAAUAGACAAAGAAUUCAGAAAUUGGUGCUAGCUGGAAGAAUGGGGGAAGCAAUUGAAACAACACAGCAAUUAUAUCCAGGUUUACUUGAAAGAAAACCAAAUCUUCUCUUUAUGUUAAAAGUUCGUCAAUUUAUAGAAAUGGUGAACGGGACAGACAGUGAAGUUCGUUGUCUAGGAGGCCGAAGUCCAAAGUCCCAAGACAGCUACCCAGGUAGCCCUAGGACCUUCAACAGCCCCAGCAUGAGUCCCAGCCAUGGGAGCACUAUCCAUACCCUAGCAGCAGGCAAAGGGAAUGGUGCACAUAGUCACUUUACAGGUUAUGAAAAUAAUUGUAGCAACGGUGUAAUAUCUAGUAAAACUCAUCAGUCCAGUAGUCAUACUAAGCACUCCGCCUCCUGUUUAAGUACCCCAGAACUAAAUAGUCUAAAUGCUACACGAUCUCAGCAAUCAAAUAGUAACAGCAGAGACGCAAACAAUGAUAUAGAUAUGGAAACAGACCAUUAUACCAAUGGUGUGGUGGAGUCUUCAUCUAAUGGUUUCGUUAAUGGCAGUUCCAAGCACGACCAUGACAUGGAUGAAAAUGAUCCUGAAAUGGAGAUAGACUUAACUCAGUCGCGACGCCAGCUCUGUGGUGGCAGCCAAGCAGCGAUUGAACGCAUGAUUCAUUUUGGACGGGAAUUGCAGGCCAUGAGCGAGCAGCUGAGAAGAGAAUGCGGCAAAAACACAGCCAAUAAAAAGAUACUUCAGGAUGCAUUUAGUCUUCUUGCCUAUUCAGAUCCAUGGAACAGUCCAGUUGGAUAUCAGCUUGACGUAGUACAAAGAGAACCAGUUUGUUCUGCAUUGAAUAGUGCUAUAUUAGAGUCUCACAAUUUGCCAAAGCAACCACCGCUGGCCCUUGCCAUUGGACAGGCCUCAAAGUGUCUGGAGUUGAUGGCUCGAUUGGGAAUAGGUUCAUGUGCGUUUGCCACAGUUGGAGAAUAUUUGCACUAGCUAUGCAUUUGUACAGCUUAUCUCCUGAGCUACCUUAACAUUAGUGACAGCAUUCAGCACAAGAUCUGCUGAAUCAAAACUGACUUUUAAUUUAUAGUGAUCUACUGAGGACAAGUCCUAAAUGUCACUCUCUUUCUGCUUCCUAGUUUACAGCAUGGUCCAGCUGUUUUCUAACUUCUUAUAUGCACAGUUCAUCGACACGUUCUGCAUUAAGUUUUUUUUAUAGCAAUGUCUGGAGAAGUUGUAUAUCGGUUUAAUGGAUCAUAACUGCUUCCUUUUUUUAUUCCUCAAAACUUGUCCAAGGUUUUCAUCUGAGGUGGGCUGAUUGAGGCUUCAGCUGAAAUAAAUGAUCCAGUUUAUGGGACAAUGUCAUUCACUAUAAAAGAUUUGGAAGAAAUUGGCUUAAUUGACUGAAAAUGCAAAUAAAAAAAUUUUAAUUAUAAAAAAAUGAGAAUGUGUGAAUAAAAGUAUUUAGUUACAGAUUAAAACCAAAAAAACUAGGUUUUUUUGUACUUUAUUAAAAUGUAUCUUUUGUGAUGAACCAAAAUUAAAAUUGCUGUUGUAUGAGUGUGUCUUCAAUGGUAAGCAUGUAGAAUACAAUGUAAAAUACAAACUGGAGAAAGACUUUCCAUCCCUCCUCUGAUGUGCAUCUACAAAAAAGGUUUUUUUUAAAAAAGCUUGAGUAAUUUUGGUACAUUUUUCAGUAUGGAUGAAGGGAGGGAGAGAGAGGAUAUUUUCCUGCAAGAGUACUGUAAACCUUUAUUACUCAGGAGCUGAAUGGACAGUUUCAACAUCCAUUACACAAUUGUAGGUUGUUGGUCCCGGAAGGUUUUUUUUCGGGUUGUCUCUGUGUGCACAUGCUCUCAAAUCUUCAAAUGUUUAUUCCCCCCCCCCAGAACAUUGUUUAAAUGCAGAGGAAUAAAUUCUACACCCACCAUUCUAACCAUUGUAAAAUAACAGUGUUAAGUACCUGUCAACACAUUGUGUGGUAUUGGCAUUAUUUAUAUUAAACCAAAUAUUUAGUCAAAAUCUGCAAUGUCUUAAUUUAAACUUUGUACACUCUGCAUUUUAAGCAGUGCUUGAGUGAGUACUAUACUGCAAUAAAAAAAUGUAUCAAACCAUAAUUAAUCAGCUAUUAAAGAUUUAAAUCUA